AUGAUCUUCAUGGCUGCCAUGACUGAGCAGCUGGUAACGCUGUGGGUCCUCUUCGUGUUCACCGUCGUGGGAAACUCCCUCGUGCUGCUCUCCACACGGAGGAGGAAGAGGAAGUCAAGGAUGACCUUCUUUGUGACCCAGCUGGCCCUCACAGUGCCCAGGUUUCUCCGCCGCACAAAACCCCUGACCUUUCCACCAUGGGCCUCCCCUCCCUCUGCGAGGUCACACAGCUCCUCUCGUUUCUGUCCCCAGGUUGUGCUGCUGUAUGCCUCCACCUACGUCCUGGUGUCGCUCAGCAUAGACAGGUACCACGCCAUCGUCUACCCCAUGAAGUUCCUGCAAGGAGAAAAGCAAGCCAAGGUGCUCAUCGCCACGGCCUGGACCCUCUCGUUCCUGUUCUCCAUCCCCACCCUGAUCAUAUUUGGGAAAAGGAAACUGGCCAACGGCGAAGUGCAGUGCUGGGCCCUGUGGCCCGACGACUCCUACUGGACGCCGUACAUGACCGUCGUGGCCUGCCUGGUGUACUUCAUCCCUCUGGCCAUCAUCAGCGUCAUCUACGCCAUUGUGAUCCGAACCAUUUGGACCAAGAGCAAGGCCCACGAGAUAGUGAUCUCCAGCUGCUCAGAUGGGAAGCCGUGCACCCGUUACAACCGAGGGCUCAUCUCAAAGGCAAAAGUCAAGGCCAUCAAGUACAGCAUGGUCAUCGUUCUUGCCUUCAUCUGCUGCUGGAGCCCGUACUUCCUCUUCGACAUGCUGGACAACUUCAGCCUCCUUCCGGACACCAGGGAGCGCGUCUACGCCUCCGUGAUCAUCCAGAACCUGCCUGCCCUGAACAGCGCCAUCAACCCCCUCGUCUACUUCCUGUUCAGCAGCCACGUGGGCUUCCCCUGCCGGUGAGGGGCGCCCGGCCGCUCCCACGGGUGUCGUCCUCCUCCCAGCGCUCCAGGCAGGCAGCUGACACGGGGCCGGAAAGGUCCCACAAGUGUGACGGCCCAGGC